AUGACCACACAAGUGUGCAUGUCAUUUUUACUGAGGCACCAGUUUAGUGUUCUCAUGCAAGCAAAUCCUGUCAGUAUUCCUAAUCCUUUUGGAUGUCAGAAGAGUAACUGGCUUUUGUUUCUGAGCAUCAUCUUAGUAAUACAUGUGACUCAUGGAUGUCCUGAAAAAUGCCUCUGUUAUACAGUUUCAAAGACUGCAGACUGCAAGAAUAGAGGACUUACUGAAAUCCCUACCCAUCUACCUCCUGAAAUUCAGAUACUACAGUUACAGAAUAAUCGCAUUUGGAAAAUCCACCAAAAUUCAUUCACUGGAACCCCACUGCUCAAAAUCUUAGAUUUGUCUAACAACUCCAUCUCCAGUUUGGCACCAGGUGCCUUCCAAAAAUUAAAAUACCUACAGGUUCUAAACCUAACCAGGAACCUCAUUCAUUAUAUAGAAAACAAGACUUUCAGUUUUCUCCCACACCUUAAAGAACUGGACUUGUCAUCUAACAGCAUAAUACGUUUGCCCGAGACUUUGGGAAACAGCACGGGGAAUAUAACACUGCUGUCUGUGAAGCACAACAAACUUCAGAGGAUGGACAGAGUUCUGCUGGAGUCACUUCCCAAUCUGAAAGUGGUCCUCUUCAAAGAUAAUCCCUGGCAAUGUAACUGUAAUGUCUUUGGCCUUAAGCUUUGGCUGGAGAGCUUUUUAUACAGAGGAGGAAUAAGUGACGGCAUCAUCUGCUCUGCCCCGGGGAUUCGGAAGGGCAAAGACCUCCUCCGAGUUCCCUACGAGCUGUUYGGGGCAUGUCCUCUGAGGACGGCGCACGUGCACGUGGCCAGCGCUCACCACCACGGCCUCGAGCACCGAGGCUCCCACAAGCACCUCCACCACGGCGAGCACGGGGAGAGCGGCCGCGCGAGCUGCGAGCCCAAGCCAAAGCCCCGGCCCGGGAGCCUGCGCCACGCCAUCGCCACCGUGGUCAUCACCGGAGUCGUCUGCGGGAUCGUGUGCCUCAUGAUGCUGGCAGCGGCUGUUUAUGGCUGUGCCUACGCGGCAAUUACUGCUAAGUACCACAGGGAGCACUUGGCCCCAGCAAGACAGCAUGGGACUCCAGAGGAAAAACAGCCGUUUGAGAGUUCCUUGGCUUGA